CGAGAAAUAGACUAGUUAGUGUAAUUUGGGGAAAAAAUGUUUCUCUGUAAUUGAAGCAAUAUACAAGUCGUCGAUCUUGAAACAUUUCAUUUAGUGAGGAAGUGUAGGUAAAAAGUGUCACUACUUAUCACAGUUUCAGGAACAGUACACCAGUCUAGCGCAAUUUUGCUCAUGUUCAUACUAAUUUUCUAUAAUGUCUGUCGGAUAUACUUUGUUUUCCCUGUUUCUGAUUGUAUUGACCUAACAAUAAAUAUAAGGUCAUUUCCCAAUAUAUGUAAAAAUGGAGCUAUUAAUACAUGGACGGACGCCAUAAGUUUGACACCCAGAGUACAUAUACAUCUGAAACGCUGAAGAGAGGGGUAAUAUUUUCUGCGGGUUUUAUGAAUCAUAUAUUUCAGCACAAGUUUUAUUUCUUAAUUUCUUGAUGUAUAUUUUGAAUGAUUCAAUCCUCUCAGGUGUUUCACGGGGAUUUAGUCGUUGGCCACUGAGUUGUCAGUCGGAAUGUGAUUGGGAGUUUAGUCGUGGAGUUAUACUGUAAUAAUCAUAAUAACAUUGGAGAUAGCAACCCAAAAUAACUAUCAACAAACUCAGUAAGUGGAAAAGCGUAUGGGCUACCAAAUGCAGUAUACUUCUAGAACUAACCUUAAUGUUUACUUAACAAAUCAGGACAUCCUUUCGUGUUCUUUCGUCGGCUACUAGUACACAUUCAAAUACUACGUGGAACUUGAAUUUAUUACUGCUUUACAAGCUUCCACUUUCCUCCAUGAAUGGCUCUUUGAAAUCAAGCAGCUCAGGUGUCUGAUACUUCUCAAUCACAUGAAGUAGUCAGCGUGAUCAGUUUUAAUUUUUUUCGGUAAUAAAUCCUUUAGUAUUUGUCGUCAUUUUUCCCUUAGCUCGCUUUUAUUAUCAGGAUGUAACGGGGUUCACCGGCGUUUUUCGGUGUUGCAAACGACUGGUUAGUUCAGAAGCAUCUGGUUUUAUAUCGACAUGAAGUCACGGAAGUAAAUUUAUCAACUAGUAAUCGCUCACUGAACUUUAGUUACUUCAGCCUCGAAGGCAAACUAAACCGGUACCGGUUUCUUAUAAUUCUUCAGGUUAUAAGGCGUUAUAUUAGUUUUUGAGCAUUCGAACUACCUACAUUUCUUACAUUGUGUCAUACAUAUUUUCCCAUUAGCAGAGUUUACUUUUAUCUUACAUUUACUUCUAGAGUUUAAGCAGUUUGGUGACAGUUAUAAUGUUUAAUUAAGAACGGGUUAAUUUUUACACUAUCUGCUAAAUUUAAGUCCUGGUAUAGAAAAUGGACGUUGAUGUUAUUUCAGAGUCACUGAAAACAGAAAUAGAAGAAAUAGCUCUAAAAUCGGGGAUUGAUGUGCGUGAUUAUGCUGCUCAAGUUGAGUCAGAAUUGGCAAAAAUAGAAGAUUCACUUAUAAAAACAUAUAUAAAUGUCAGUCCUGAAGUGGCUAAUUUACAUAACCAAAUUAUCUCAUGUGAUGCUAUCCUGGAGCGGAUAGAAAAUAUAUUAACCAAUUUUCAUGAAGAUUUAGGUGCUAUUAGCACAGAAAUCCAAGAUUUGCAAAGCAAAUCUCUACAAAUGAACACUCGGUUGCAAAACAGGCAGGCUGUUCGCAGUAAUUUAAGCCAAUUUCUUUCUGACAUGGCCAUCCCUGAAGAGCUUAUACAACACAUUAUGUAUACUCCUGUUACUGAACAAGAGUUCCUUGAAAACCUUCAUGAAUUAAACCAUAAAAUGAAUUUCUCAUUAGAACAAUCUAUGGUGGAUUACAAAUCAUUUAAUGAUGUUAGUGUACUUCUGAAGAAGUUAAAAAUUAAGGCUGUUACGAAAAUUCGGGAAUUUCUGUUGAGCAAAAUAUACUCCUUACGUAAGCCACUUACAAAUUACCAAAUUCCUCAAAAUCAAAUGUUGAAAUUUCGAUUUUACAAUUCAUUCCUCUUAGUUCAUGAUCGAGAGAUUGCUAAAGAAAUUAGGGUAGAGUAUAUCAAUACAAUGAGCAAAGUUUACUAUGCCUAUUUUAAAGCUUAUGGUGGUAAAUUAACCAAAUUACAACUUGAUACAACUAAUGAAAAAGAUGAUUUAUUAGGGAAAAAUCCUGAAAAAUACAAUUCUGCAUCAUCUGCAUCCAGUCUGAUGUUCAAUUCAAUCACAAAUGUUGCUAAUAAUUCAGCUGUAUCAGUGUCUUCUAAUUCCGGAACACGCGUUGGACUUUUCGGACUAAGUGAUCGUGCACUUCGUGUACUCAGUAAAUCAAAUCUAGAAAGUGCCAUUAUUUUACCACAUGUGGCCAGUAACGUUGACGCUAAAUACCCGAUUGAAGUUUUAUUUCGCUCGAUUCACUAUGCGCUUCUGGAUACUGUAUGUCGGGAAUAUUAUUUUCUGUCGGACUUCUUCCUUCUUAGUGCAGAAGCGGAAUCCAUUGGUUCAGCACCAUCUUCUGAUCAAAGUGCAACUAAUCAAGGUCGUACACAGAGCGGUGUAGCGUUAACUCAUUUAUUCGAGCAAGUUAUGAGUCGUAGUUUAAAUUGGAUAAAUAAAUUUACUGAAACUUUCAUGAUUUCUUCUUGUUCUCAUGAUGCGAUUGGUUUAUUAAUUUGUCUUCAACUGUUACAUGCUUUGCUUCGUCUGGCUAAAGAGAGAGAUGUACCUGUACUAGAUAAUUUUUGGGGUAAAAUGACCGAAACUUUGUGGGUGCGUGUUACAGAUAGAUUGGAUGUACACAUAGCAUCCAUGUUACAAUAUUUAGAUGUCAGCAGUUUCGGUACUGAUGCUCGUGAUAUGGUGAAAUCCAACUCGAAUGUUAGUACUUCUACAAAUGUUACUGGAAGUAGUACUGCCGGUUUACAUCCUAAAAUGUACGCUCUUAUUCGUCCUCAUUCGAUAGCUAGACGUUAUGCUGAGUUAGCUGCUAGUCUGCAUUUAAUUGGGCACCAAUUUCCUGGUACUCCACUUUUUGAUGACAGUAUGAGUAAAUCUAAAAAUUCAGAGAGUUCAAAUUCACAAUACUCUUUACACACUGCAUCAACAACAUCUCAACAAAAUCUGGCCAAUUCGAAGCCUGAUUUAGAUCCUCGUAUACUUAGUCGUUUGGCUCAGUUACAAACUCAAUUUGAACACGUAUUGAAUUCGCUAGCCAAAACAUUUUCACGUCCAAAAUUAGCACACAUAUUUCUAAUCAACAAUUAUGAUUUGGUAAUAAGUGUACUAACUGAACAUGGAGCUGCUGAUUCUUCUGAGGUUGUUCGAUGUCGGGAAGCUGUAGCGAAGCACAUGACAUCAUAUAUUGAUGAAGCUUUAUCACCUUACUUUGGGUGUCUAAUAUCUUUUGUUCGCGAUGUUGAAGCCAGAUCAGCUAGUGGAAGUCAUUUGUCAACAAACCAAGAUGAAUCGACCCAAACUAUUCGUAGCGAGGAAGCUCGAGUAACACGAAUAGUAAAAGGCUUCAAUAUUGAUUGGAAGAAUUCCAUUGAAAAGAUACAUGAUGAAAUCAUGAUGGAAUUUGCUAAUUUCACUUUAGGGGCACAAAUAUUUCAGGGUUUACUUGCUCAACUUAUUCAACACUACCAUCGUUUUCAAAAGGUAAUGACACAGAGUCCCUAUAAAAAUAUGCCCAUACGUAACCAGUUGGUGAACAUACAUCAGAUCACAAAUGAAAUGAAAAAGUGUAAAACAAACUUUUCUUAAAGUUAGUUAAAUACACCUUGCACAACAACAUCGUGAUUAUUAUUUUGUUAAAAAUUUCAAGUCAUUCUAUUUUGUUGUUUUUUGGCUUUUUUUCCUGAGUAUUUCGUCUUCUACUUAUAAAGUGUUUUUUUUCUGGUACUAGUGGUUUAAUUGUCUCGUUUUAUUGUCAUUGUGUCUAUGACUAAUUAAACUGUAUUAUUCACCUCUUAUUGUCAGAGCGUGUAUUUGUAUAGCCUGUUCUUUUUGGGUUUCGUGUA